AUGGACAAGCAAAUGUUAAGGAAGAACUCAAUCCAACUCCGGUUUGUCUUUCUUACAACAUCCAUUGUUAUUUGUGUCUCACUACUUUUUCUUAAUCAAUAUUUUUUGAAUACCAAUGAUAUUAAAAUCAAAUUCUCUCUUCCUAACUUGAACAAUGCAAGGCUUGAAGAGAUAGUCAUUACUACACCUUCAAAUUCUUCUUCCAAUCUUACUACUACUAGUAACCAAAAAUAUGUAACCAAAGGAGCCACAAAUAUUGUUAGUUCCCCUCCUUUGAUUAAAGAAAAGGUUAAAGUACUUACAAGAAAAAAAUUGGAUCCUUGUUUAGGCAAAUAUAUCUAUAUGUAUGAUCUUCCUAGUAGAUUCAACGAGGAUUUGUUGAAAAAAUGUCAAACUCUUAAUAGAUGGGAAAAUCUUUGUCCUUACUUAUCGAACCUAGGUUUAGGGCUUGAGGUUAUCGGGGAAUCAGAUAGAAGUGUUUUGUCGAACGAAAAUUGGUUUGUCACAUAUCAAUUUUCACUUGAAUUAGUCUUUCACAACAUCAUGAAACAUUAUAGGUGUUUAACAAAUGACUCGUCAUUAGCUUCAGCCUUUUACGUACCAUAUUAUUCUGGUUUAGAUAUAGGUAGAUAUCUCUGGGGAGGAUAUAAUGUUUCCGUAAGAGAUGAAUCACCUAAAAAGUUAAUACAAUGGUUAGUGCAACGGCCUGAAUGGAAGAAACUCAAUGGUAAGGAUCAUUUUGUGGUUAGUGGAAGAGUUUGUUUUGAUUUAAGAAGAGGAAGUGAUGAAAAUGAAGAUUGGGGAACAAAGUUUUUGUUUUUGCCUGAAGCAAAUAACAUGUCGAUGUUGUUGAUAGAAUCAUGUGGUUUUUAUGAUAAUGAAUUCGCAAUUCCAUAUCCGACUUACUUUCAUCCAAGAAGUGAUGAAGAGAUUCUUGAUUGGCAGAAGAAAGUGAGAGAAACAAAAAGGGAUUAUUUGUUCACAUUCACGGGUGCGCCAAGGCCUAAUUCAACAUCGUCUAUAAGAAAUGAGCUUAUUGAACAAUGUGAAUUGUCUCCAAAUUGCAAACUAGCAAAUUGUAACAAAAAACAAAAUUGUAGUGAUCCGGUUGAUGUUAUGGAUGUUUUUAUGAAUUCGGUUUUUUGCUUACAACCUCCCGGCGAUACAUAUACUCGAAGAUCAACUUUUGAUUCGAUUUUGGCGGGUUGCAUUCCGGUUUUCUUUCAUCCUCAAUCAGCAUACAAUCAAUAUCUAUGGCAUUUUCCUAACAACAGUUCUAGUUAUUCUAUCUUCAUACCUGAAAUUGAUGUGAAAGAGAAGAGAGUGAAGAUUGAUAUGAAAUUGCUUAAUGUUUCAACAAAUGAAGUGUUGGCUAUGAGAGAAGAGGUUAUAAAAUUGAUUCCAAAAGUUAUUUAUCGCUAUCCAAGUUCAAGAUUAAAGACACAUGAAGAUGCUUUUGAUGUAGCUAUUAAGGGAGUUCUUGGAAGAAUUGAAGCAAUGAGAAGAGAGAUUACAAAUUCUUCUAACGUGACAAUUGUUUCUGUUUGA